CGCGUCAUAAGAUUGGACAAUGUGUAGCAAAGCACUGUUUGUCGUCUCCAUUCACCUGUUGCUGUUGUUUUGUGAUGUGGAGUCAUGCUGUUUCGAUCCUCCAUCUGACAAUGAGUGUGAAUACGAGGGAUGGGUAUUUGCACCGGGAGCCUCGUUUAAAGCUCCAGCUCCACACUGUGAAGAUUGUACAUGCACGGCUGGUAUUUUAAGUUGCGACGGAUAUGGUAAGAAAGCUGGUGUGGCCAGUAUACAAGGAUGUGUGCUUGUGGACGAUGACAGCACUUGCGAAAUGCAAUUUGUUGACAGUAUGGACGAAACUCAACCUUGUGCCGCAUGGGAACAGAAACGAGGUGUGAAAAACGAAUGAUUCUGUAUGAAAAACCUCUGUUCGCUAUGGAAUAAAAUAUUCUAAAUUCA